AUGCUGUGUCGAGACCUAUGCGACGUGUUUGCCCACAACAACGCGGUCAACACUGAAGUGUAUGCUUUAGACGAGCACGACCGACCUCGUGCUCAAGCCAGUGGCACCGACAAGCCCGACUUCUGGCGGAUGCCGCAAAUGUCUCCCAGAGUAGCCAACCGCCCGUGGCGGCUGGACCCGGACUAUUUCCAAAAAGUGUACAUCAGUGGGCUUGCCGUGGCCAAAAUGGCGAUCCACGCCAAGAGUGGAGGCAAUUUGGAGGUGAUGGGGAUGCUUACGGGUAAAAUUAUCCCCCAUGGCAUUGUGGUGAUGGAUGUCUACCAAUUGCCAGUGGAGGGCACGGAGACGCGUGUAAACGCUCAGGCGGAAGGUUACGAGUAUAUGGUCCAGUUCUCUGAGUUGCUGAAGGAAGUAGGCGGGCGCAGUGAGCACAUUGUUGGCUGGUACCAUACUCACCCAGGCUACGGGUGCUGGCUCUCAGGGAUCGAUGUGAACACCCAGGCAUUGCAACAAGGGUUCCAGGACCCUUAUUUAGCAAUUGUGGUUGACCCCCACCAGAGUUCAAAGCAAAAUAAAGUGGAAAUCGGUGCUUUCCGUACCUACCCUGAAGGGCACAAGCCGAAGAAGGAAGAACAGCUGAAGCUUUCUCAGAAGGAUUUACCCGCGAAUAAGCGUAAGGAUUUCGGUACUCAUGCGGACCGCUACUACUCGCUUGCCAUCGAGAUCUUCCACUCCUCCGCCGACGAUAUCGUUAUCCCCACUCUUUUGGCGUCAGAAGAUAACAAUUUGACCCACUUAACGACGCUGCUUGCUGACACCACUGAAGGUACUGCACUUGAAGUUAAGGAUGACCAUUUAAACCGCAUUGGCGAGCUCACCCGCAACAUCGCUGCUGCCGAUAUCCUGGUGAGAGAUGUCCGCAACAAACAGUACAUGCGCAAGUUUCUGCAACAGUUCCAGCUGCUUGCCAACAAGCGCAUUGUCAGAGAAGACCGUGGGUGUCCUUGGAUUCACCAGGGGGUUGAUGAUAGCGAUGAUGACGGGCGCGACGUUAUCAUGGGCGACGACAUUGCCGACGACGAGAGCGAUUUGGAGCGCAAAAGUUACCACAUGAGCGAUGGCGAUGACGCGGUGCUGAUGGACCUGAACCUGGCGUUUGACGAUAUGGAGGACGAGCAGUCACCGAGAGAAGUGCUGCUUCGCCGUGAAGUGCUGAAGCGGCUGUUGCGCAAACGUCCGUUGGAGAACCAGCUGGCAAUGGCUAGAGCAAUGGCACGAGCGGUGAAGGAUCAGAAUGUCCAGAUUAAUGAGAAUAAGCUCUUUGGUCCCGCGAUUAAGCUGGCCAACCGAGCCAUCGCUAAGCGUGAAGCCCAAGAGUUGAUGACUUUACUGGUCCAACAAUCACUCUUCGGGUAA